AUGGGGUGCUGCCCGGGGGACUGCUUCACCUGCUGCCCUCAAGAUCAAGACUGCUGUGAAGUGUGCUGCUGCCAGCCCGCCUGCUGCGGCUGCUGCGGGUCCUGCUGCGGCUGCUGCGGGUCCUGCUGCGGCUGCGGGGGCUCGGGCUGCGGGAGCUCGGGCUGCGGAGGUUGCGGGAGCGGCUGCUGCGGGAGCGACUGCUGUGGCAGCGGCUGCGGCUCGGGCUGCGGGGGCUGCGGGUCCAGCUGCUGCGGGUCCAGCUGCUGCGGCUCGUCCGGGUGCUGCGGCCCCGUCUGCUGCCAGCCCACGCCCGUUUGCGAGACGAAGUGA